UUGGGCAUUCAAGCUAAAAAGGUUCGAAUGGAGGGUAAUCUUGAGGUGUGGGCGGGCCCACUUUCGGGCUACAGAGUUGCACUACUGCUGCUUAACCGAGGUCCUGAUCGUACCCCCAUGACCGGUUACUGGGAUGAUAUCGGCAUCCCUCCAAGCAGUGUUGUAGUUGCAAGAGACCUGUGGAAGCACAAGACUCUGAAGGAAAGUUUUGUAGGGAAUUUGACAGAAACAGUGGAUCCCCAUUCAUGCAAGAUGUAUAUAUUGAAGCCAAUUGCUUGAGAAAUUUCACAGUAUUUUUCGUUAAAUUGGAAAAAAACUUCAUUUUAGAGCCAUCAGUUUCCGAGUGAAUAAAGCUCGAGCGGGGAGAAAUAAAAUAUUUUAUGUGGACGUCGAGAACAUUAUAUUUUUUUAUUGAAAAGCAGUAUUUGAGACUGAUGUUUAAA